GGAGUUGUGUCUGUUGCAUCGGUAGAAGAUGGUGUCAUCGGCUGGCAUCUGUAAACACUGGAAACAAUACCUUUAGUAAGAAUACAAGUAGAAGCCAUUUUACUAGCUUCGUUUCAAAAAUUAGUGUCAACUAAUUCUUCAGUUACUUAGCAGGCUGGGAAAAUUGGAUGUAAAUGAAGUAAUAAGUUCUGGAGGGCAGAUGCCGAAGGCUUUGUGAUUCCUUCUGUUCCAUGCUGGGACCCGAGUUUUGAUUUGCCUCACAAGAGGAGAAGACUAUGAUAAAUGAGCAGUUGCCUCAUGGGAACAUGGAAAGCAUGAGACCUAAGAGACAGAGAUGCCUUCCGAAGCUUGACGUGACACACACUGGAAUCUGGCCAUGGAUAGAAACGGAAGCAAAAACUUGGAAUGAGCUGAGAGAAUCACUAACGAUACUAAAAGCUGCCAAGAAGAUGCGCUGUAGGAUUCAGAGGAUUGAACUUGAAAAUUCCAACUUAGUCGUCACAAUUGAAAAACAAGCAAGAGAAAUGGAAGCGCUUCGUGAAAAGCUGUUAAAUGCAAGAAUCAAUGUGGUGGAAGCAGCACCGGAGGGAGAACCGGGGGAGAAGAGGGAGGACGUUGCUGCCUCGUGGAGUCGGGCGGAACUGAUGAAGCUCACAUCUGAGCUCGCAAAAAUGAGAAUGCAAGAAGAUUCUUAUAAAAUGGAAGGGCAAAAAUACAAGGAACUCUAUCUCAAAGAACUAAGAAGUAAUAAUGCUUUACUCUCACGUCUUCAAAAUAGGACUUGCAAGUGUCCAGAGCAGUCAUAUUCAAAUCAUGAGGCAGAGAUUCGGUGGAAGACCUCUUCAAGGGUGUCUCUUGUAGGGCCCCACCCUGAGUGCCCUCAAGUGCCAGAUCUAACAAGUAGCACCACGGAGCCACAAGGAAAUGUGCUCCAGCCCUCCCAAUGCCCAGAAGCCAGCUGUGAAUUCAUGGAAAAUCCUAGGAGCUGGUCUCAAGAUAAGGAGAAGGUGCGUCUUGAGAUGAUGAGCUCAGUGCAUUCUCUGCUCUGCACGCUGCAUCGGGAAACCAGGCGGACUAAAGAGCUACAGAAAGAGCUGGGCAAAAUGAAGAAGAUCUUUAACAUGCCCCCGCAGGAAGGGCAUGGGCAUGAAGGCAGAGGACAUAGUUUUCGUGAGGUUUCAAAAGUCAGUCAAGCUGAGAUGGGCGUUCCAGUUGCCAUGCUAAGACUUGAGGGAGAAGCAGCAACUGCAGAACGCUUCGUGUGCAUUCAUGAGGCUCCAGGUGUCUCAUUCCUAGCUCAGAUGGAACUUGAAAUAAAAAGUAUUGAAUCUGCCAUCGCUGAAGUGAAUACCCAGGAAUGCUUGGUUAGAAGAGAGCUGGAAGUCGUUAAGCAGCUCUACCGAGGAGAGUUAGAACGCAUAGACAGCGUGUCAUUGGAGCGGAACGGGUAAAUUGGGGGAGCCACAGCAAGAGAAGCUUGGGCCUCCCACAAAGGCACAGUCGCAGAGAACCCAGCUCAUGAUACUUGUAGGCUGCAAAAGAAACUGGACGGUGUAAUUAUGGAAACUUUGUUGAUAAAUGAGCUUUCUCU